AUGAAAACCUUCAAUGCUCUGAGAUCAAGCAAGAUGAAAAGGUAUCAGAUCUAUCUGCUUCAGUUGUACCAGCAAGGACGCAUGUCGAGAAAGGAAAAUGUCCAUCGCUUAGCGGUUUCAAGAGGAAGUUUUCAUCAGUUGACCAAGAUGUGGUUGAGAAACCAAAUGGGCCUAUAGCUAGCUGUAAGUAGGUGAAGCUUAGCAGCAUAUUCACGCGGGACAAACAAGCUUAUAGGCUGAAAAUAGAAUACGAGUAGUCCCCCAUGAGAAAAAAUGGGGACUACUCGUAGUCUAGGCCGGAAAGCAAAGAGUCUGUGGAAACAGAUGGUGAGCAUGUUUAUGCUGCUGCUAAGACUCAAAGAUCUGAAAAUAUUGGUGAUAGCAAUGAACUGUUAGCAAAAAAAACUGACAUUGAAGUUGUUGAAGUUAAGGAUGAUAUCAUUUCUGUAAGUGAAUCUGAUGAUGACGAACUUAGUCCUCAGAAAGACGUCCAGCAAGAAAGAGCCAAGAAAUAGAUUCAGAGCGUUUUGAUAAAACUAAUCAAACACUUUUAGGCCAGGCUAAAGAUAAUUCAAGUAACACAUCUUGCAAAACAAUACUGGUUUUUCCUAAACUUGGCAACUCAGGUAUCAGAGAUGGUUAGAAACAGAAAGGAAACAACAGUGAGUUUCAGUAUGAAUAAACUUAAAAGCGUUGAUACGGCGCCAACGAGACAGAAAACAGAUGAAGUUGAAGCUCGUUUGUUCAGAGCAAAGAUAGCGCCAGAGAGCAAUUCCAGUGCUGAGAAAGAACUACCCAAAAAUAUUAGUAAAGAUAUGUUCAAGCAUAUGGAAAUUUUGGGUCAGUUUAAUCUGGGUUUUAUCAUCGCAAAACUGGACAAUGAUUUGUUCAUAAUCGACCAGCAUGCUUCAGAUGAGAAAUUUAACCAGGAUCAAGAGAGGAACACGACAAUUAAGUCCCAACGUCUUAUUGUUCCCCAGAACCACUGCCAAUGA